CGUCAUCCUUCCAAACAGAUCGGUCAGCUGCUUCUCUUGAGACGAGUGCGAGUUGGGUUGAAAAAAGCUGCGAAAAAGUUGGCAGCCGAACAAAUUUGUCGACGGAAAAGGCGGCGCACUCCCCGAAAUUUCAUCACGGCGACGCCUUAGCAAGCCUGGCCUCGAGCGGGGAGUCAGACGACGGUGGACUCGCUCCGCCACCGCGUAAAAAACAACGCACUCUGGAGGAAGCUACAAUGCAGCAGGCAGCAAAUGGCACUGUUAAUGGAGUCUCGGCCACCGCGAACGGCGCUGGCGAACCCUCGGGCAGCGGACGCCAGAACGGCUCCGACACCUUCGCUGGCAUGACCAACGGCGAGGCGGCCUCCAACGGCGACCUCGGCUCGCCCAAGCUAAUGGACAGAACCAACCACGACAUAGUGCGCCUCAUAGGUCAACACCUUCGGACCAUUGGCCUCAACCGCACUGCAGACAUGCUGAUGCAGGAGUCUGGCUGCAGAUUAGACCACCCGACAGCUGCUAAAUUCCGUCAACACGUUAUGGAUGGGGACUGGAAUAAGGCUGAUAAUGACCUUUUGGAGUUGAAGGGUCUGCUAGAAAACUCCACGCAGAGUCUGGUUGAAAUGAGGUUUCUCAUAAUGGAGCAAAAAUACUUGGAGUUUCUGGAAGACGGGAAAGUUUUGGAUGCGCUUCAAGUUUUGCGCCACGAAUUGACGCCUCUCCAACACAACACGACUCGAGUGCAUGCUCUCAGCAGCUUCAUGAUGUGCAGCGGGCAGGACGAACUGCGAGUCAGAGCAGAUUGGAAAGGCAAAGGCCUUGAGUCGCGCACAAUUCUUAUGGAGAAGCUGCAACAUUACUUACCACCGUCUAUUAUGCUCCCACCUAAGAGGUUGUAUUCACUGCUGUGUCAGGCUGUUGAGCUGCAAAAGACACGCUGCCCUUACCACAACAAUCAGUGUGAUGAUGGACUGAUCGACGUCUCCCUCCUCGUGGACCACCUGUGCUCAAAGGAAGAGUUUCCUUGUGAAACAGUGCAGGUUCUCAACGACCACUGCGACGAAGUGUGGUUCUGCAGAUUUUCUCCGGAUGGUCUCAAACUCGCAACUGGCUCAAAAGACAACACCGUUAUCAUCUGGGAUGUUGAUCCUGAAACGCUGACGUGUAGUGUCAGAAAAACACUCGAUGGACACUCCUAUGGAGUUGCGUACAUGUCGUGGAGUCCUGACGGCACUUACUUACUUGCUUGUGGACCUGAAGACUGUCCUGAGCUGUGGGUUUGGAACAUAGACACUGGUGACAUCCACUGCAAGGUGACGAACAAUACUGAAGACUCUCUGACUUCAUGCUCUUGGCACAAGGACGGAAAGAAGUUUGUCACUGGAGGAACUCGGGGUCAAUUUUAUCAAUGUGAUCUUGAUGGCACUGUCUCCGAAUCAUGGGAUGGUGUCCGUGUCAACUGCCUGUGGUGCCGCAGCGACGGGAAGACUGUUUUGGCUGCAGAUACUCAUCAUCGAAUCAGAAAUUACAAUUUUGAAUUUCUUCAGGACUCAAAUGUAAUCCAAGAGGACCAUCCCGUAAUGGCUUUUUCUGUAAAUAAAGCCGAUCGCUUAGCCUUACUUAACGUUGCCACUCAAGGGGUCCAUUUGUGGGACCUGCAAGAUCGAUGCCUUGUGAGAAAGUUUCAAGGAGUCACUCAGGGGCACUUCACCAUCCACAGCUGCUUCGGGGGUAUCAACGAGGAAUUUGUUGCAAGUGGAAGUGAAGAUAAUAAGGUGUACAUAUGGCACAUUAAGCAGGAAAUCCCAAUUGCCACCUUGGAAGGCCACACUCGCACAGUGAACUGUGUUUCGUGGAACCCCGUCUACCAUGAAAUGCUCGCCUCUGUAUCGGAUGACAACUCGGUCAGAAUAUGGGGCCCUUCUCAAAAGUACCGCCGCACUAAAAGCAAACCAAGUCUGACUGAAGAUAGCUCGUCGUCCAAUGGAAGUAGUGGGGCUUGGCAUGAGAUGAUCUCGUAGCUGGGCGUUGGUGACGAUGAAGCUGCAAAUUUUGGCAAAUGUUCGCUAUCUUAAUCCUUGGAAGAGGUCUUGGCAGAGCCUUUGUCAUGAUUUAAAAAAUGUAAUUUCUGUAAAAGUAUGAUUAGUAUUUUUGAGGUUCUACUGGUCCGCAAUAACAAACAAGCAAGCAUGUCAAGUGAAGCUGCUCACGCAACGUCAAAACCGUCUUCACCCUGUGUCGACUUGUACCGUUUGUGAUCAAAGACUAACUUGAUUGCAGCAGUGGUUUAUUUCAUCAGCCGAGCUAUGGACAAAAAAGACUGAACUACAAAUAUAAUGAUAAUUUCAUCAAAGGCCUUUACUGAAUCAUUAAUGGAUACCGCCAAUAAUUUAAGUUGCACUUCAUUGAUUUGUUUUGCAUUGGGUUCUAUCCAAUAGGUUCAAGUUGCGCUUUUCAAUUUCUCGGUGAAUCUCCAAAAAAAAUCAAAAUUAAUGUUUCAAUAAAGCAGCAUAAUCUCUCUGCUUUGUAAAUAUUGUGUAUAAGAAAGCCGUCAUCUUCUCAGUUCUUUACCAAGUCUUUCAUACACUGGUUUGAUCUUCGCAGAAUGCAGUGAUUAAUUACAUAAACCACAUCUUCGGGUCAAUAUGAUUUCUAGAUUAAAUUGCAGAAUUUUUAUUGACUUAUUUUGAUUUCUCAUCAAUGCCAAACUUAAAAUCAACAUCUUCUAUCCUAACCUUCCCUUGUGCAGUGAUAAAAGAAGUUCAAAGGUUAUUGUACACUUCUGUUUAAGAAGUGCCUUUCUUGUCAUUUUCUUUUUGAUUCUUGUAGCUACUUCUAACAACUGUGAAGAAUCAAGCGGAGGCACUUUUUAAAACGGAUAUUUGUGUAAAAAGAUAUGCAAUCUGUAAUGCAAAAAGAAAAUUAUAGCAAAUGAGCUCCUGUAAAAUCUAUAUAAAUGAAUAAUAUUUAGUUUUAGGACUCUCCUGGUUAAGCUAAUCUUGCUUACCUGGACUAUUCGUGUUAUUUUUUUGUUUUUCAUUUUUGUACAGUUUCAAAUAUUAAAUUUUGGUUCAAAUCAUUUGCAAAACUCUUAAAACCAUUUAUUUUAUUUUCAUUUUAAACUUCCAAAGUUCUCGAGGGAGCAGUGCGUUGUGCAUAGUUCUUGAUGUUGUGCUUGUGAACAGAUUGUGUAUAAAAGAAAAAUUAGAAAUUUGGUAAUGGUCACAACACCAGCUAAUCGAUGUUUUGGACUCUGUAAACUUAUAAUCGUGGUAGAGCAUGGCGUACUUUGAUGAGUUUGAUAACAAACUCGGAAAGAAGUCCUUGUCAUUAUUUUGGUAAUGAUUGCUGUACAUUUGAAUAACUGAUGACCGUGUCAAUCACUCUAUAUAAUAUUUAUGCUUUAAUUCUUUGAGGCAAAUGUUUUAAACCUAGAUUCAUUUUUAACGCCUCAAACACUUGUUUUUUAUUAAAAUAUUUUGACGACGAAGGGUAUUUUUUCAUACAAAGAUACAUUGACUGUGGCAGUUUGUUAUAUUAUUUGCGUGGUUACACUCUUUUCUAAUUUAAUCAAUUAACAACCUCAAUAAAAUUUCCCUUUUUACAAUA